AUGGGUGGUGGUGUCAUGAAUUCUGACUAUGAGAGUGAGGAGUUGCUUAGCCUUGAUGAAUCAUCAUCAAGCAGUGAGGGUGGUGAUGAUUCAAGUGAUGAUGACAUCCCUGUUGCUGAGGUUGACAAUUCUAUUAGGAGCAGCAAAUAUCCAAUCUUUAGGCCAGUAGCCAAAGCUGAGAACCUUAGGUUUGAAAAGGAUAUGUUGUUCAUCUCAGCUAAACAAUUUAAAGAUGCUAUAACUGAUUAUGCAGUCCAUGGUGGGUGGGGUAUAAAAUUUGUGAAAAAUGACUUGGUGAGAGUGAGAGCCCGAUGCCAGCAGGGUGCAAUUUUGUUGCCUACAUUGCAAAGCAGAAGCUAUAGAAAUCCAAGGUGCACAGCAUCAUACAUUGGGAAGAAGUUAGUGAAGAGGGUUAGGAGACAGCCUGGCAUAAAGCUUAAGGAUAUUCAGGAGGCUGUGCAUGAGAAGUAUGUGGUUGACAUAAGUGCAGGCAAGGCAAGUAGGGCUAGAGAGAGAGCUCAAGAUGCUGUUGAUGGGACCCACACUGCACAGUUCAACCAACUAUGGGAGUACUGUGAUGAGUUGAGAAGGUGCAGUCCUGGGAGCACAAUAUUGAUGAAGGUGCAUACUUAUGAGGAUGGUGAUUUGGCAGCUGAGCAUGGAUUGGCAACCGGGCUGCCAUAUUUUGAAAGAAUCUACAUUUGCCUUGAAGGUUGCAAGAAGGGCUUCUUGGCAGGGUGCAGGCCAAUCAUUGGUCUAGAUGCAUGCCAUCUGAAGACCAAGACAGGUGGUCAGCUGAUGUGUGCUGUUGGCAGAGAUCCCAAUGAUGAAUACUUCCCAUUCGCAUAUGCAGUAGUAGAGGCUGAAACAAAGGACAGUUGGACCUGGUUUCUUAAUUUAUUGCUUGCUGACAUAGGAGAUGACAAGCAAUGGGUGUUCAUAUCUGACCAGCAGAAGUGGUUGGUGAACAUCUUUGUUGACAAUUGGCCACAGUACGAGCACAGGAUCUGCUGCAGACAUUUAUACCAAAAUUUGAGGAAAAAUCAUCCUGGUGUCAUUAUUAGAGACCUUUUUUGGAAAGCAGCCAAGGCUACCUAUCGGCAAGCAUUUGAGAGGGCAAUGAAUGAGCUAAAGGAGGUGGAUGAAGAUGCAUUCAAAUGGCUGCAAUCUCAGUCAACAACUAUCUAG